AUGCGAUUUCGACUGUCUCAGCCUGGAAAUCAUCCUGGACAAUAUGUCCAACAGCAUGCAAAUAAUGGUUAUGCACAGGGCGGCCAGUAUAGUGUGCCAAAUCCUCCAUUUUUUCAACCACAUCAACAACGACAGCCAUAUCUGAUUCGUCCACAAGAUGAACAACGGCAGAUGAAUCAAGGAACAUUUAUACCACCACAAAGUUUCAUACCAUCUCAACCUUAUGGACAACAGUUUACUUUGCCUGUAGGCUAUACUACUUUUCCUGGUUACCCCGUUACAUCUCAGAUGCACCCCACGUCUUUUAUAACUCAUAAUGCACCUCCAAUAGCUCAAUAUCCAGAUUCACCACUGAUACCGGGAAAUCCGGUCGUACAUUACACUUCAUCCCAACAACCGCCAUCCUCUAGUACACUUCAGUCAACGAUACCGUCAUCAAGUUCUACCAUCACUGGACAAAUUCAUUCUAUUCCACCACCUUCAGCUCAAGAAUCGACUGCAAAACGUCAGAAAAAACCAUUAUUAAUCGUAGAUCCGAACACAAAAGAAAAUGUUAUUAUUGAGCAACCUACCGAACAUCCACAGCAACGACCACUUACACAGUCUCAACCACCUCCGAUUGUCUCGAGCAGCGGUGAAAAUCCGCCGGAGCCUUCACCAUCGAAUCCAGACACAUCAGCAAACUCGACUGAUCAACAGCGAAAGAUUCGUGCCGAUUUUGCAUCAGCAGUAGGCAAAACUCUCGCUCAACCAACAUCACCACCAUUAGAUAAACCAUACAAUCCACCAGGUGCUCCACCAUCUAUGUUAUCGGCACCGCUCAAUGAGCCAUUUACAAAUAAUAAUCAUGUUCAGUCGCAGCCACAGCGUUCUCAUCCAUCUCAAGCGCCCAGAAAAACAUCAUUACCGACGCAAGAACAUGACCAGAAACGUGGAUCUAGUAAUCCAACAUCAUCGACUACUACUGUCGGUACAACAUCCCCACAACGUGAUUUCUCACCCGUUCCUUCUACGUCAAGUGAACCACAAACAAAAGUAAGACAACAACCUAGUGUUCCAGGUAUUCGUGUUGGUCUAAAACCUGAUGAGAAAAAAGAAGAAAAAGAAAAUGCAAGAAAAUUAUCUGAACCAUCUGACGGAGUGAAACAACAGCAAGCAACUUCGACUGUUAUCCCGACGGUGAUCUCAAAUGAAACACAACAGCAAACAGAUAAAACAACUACAGUAAUUGAACCAGAAGAAGAGAAAAAGAGUGAAUUACCCAUAACCUAUCCACCUACUUCAACUGUUGAACAAUCACAACAAGAAUCUGAAACUUUUAAACAACCAUCAGAUCACAUUGAACCAGUUACGGAAGACAAAACUACAAAUGUAGCAAAUGUUUCUGAACAAGACGAUCAAAAACCAACCGAUGAAACUGGAACAACAGAUGAAACUGUUACUACACCAUCGACAGGAUCUCAACUUCAACUAGAAUCUGUCAUGGGCCGUUCAUCUGAAUCACACGUCGAUAAAUCUAAUACUACGGUUGAUUCCACAGAUGAUACACAAAAUAUUCAGCAACAAGAAGCUCAAUCAACUUUUGUUUCUGACAGUUCCACAACACCUCCACCAACACCGCCAGCACCAUUAUCUACUCAAACAUCACAGCAAUCAUCCAGAGCAUCACGCUUACGUUACGAUCGACAACAAUUACUUGAAUUGAAAAAUUCACAGCCAAGCAUGACAAAACCAGAUAGCUUACCAAACAUUGAAGUUGUACUAAGCAGACCUCAGCCAUCAUCACGUAGUCAAAUGCCACACGACACGCAGUAUCAUGAUUCUCAAGAACGUCGUGGUCCGCCACGUGCACCUGGCAUUUAUGUGCCAGGUCGUGGAAGUGGUGUAGGAAUGGGUUCACGAACCAUUCAAAUUCCGAAAGAUGAUAAAUUACAUAAAGUCGAUGAUCCAUACAGACCCCUAACUAAAACUCAGUUAGAUGCAACUGCUAAAGUGAUGAGAGACAUACGUAGUACACUAAACAAAUUGACACCACAAACAUUUGAUAAAUUACAAAAACAAUUAAGCGACUUAGAAAUUAAUCAACCAGAAAGAUUACGAGGAAUGAUUGACAUUUUUUUUGCUAAGGCUGUUGAUGAGCCCGGUUUUUCCUUUUUAUAUGCUAAAUUAUGUAAACUAUUUCAAAAGAAACAAGUGACUGUACCAGAUGAUGGCGGUAAAUCGGAAACAUAUUACUUCCGGCAAAUAUUGUUGACAAGAUGUCAGAAAGAAUUUGAAAAUGACUAUCGUCAAGAAAUUCGAUAUGAUGAACGAAAUGUAGAAUGUUCUCAAAUACAAGAUGUAAAGAAGCGAAAAGAGGAGCAAGAAAAACUAGACGAAGAUUUAGCCAAGGCAAAACGAAAAAAAUUAGGAAAUAUUUUUUUCAUUGGCGAGUUAUUUAAACUGCAAAUGUUAACUGAUACGAUUAUGUACGAUUGCGUCGAUUAUUUACUUCGAGAUAAAACAGAUGAAGAAGCACUGGAAUGUUUAUCCAAAUUAUUGACAACAAUCGGCAAAGAAUUGGAACAGAAAGCAAGCGAAAAACCUGCAAAUAAAACAAAUUUAGAAAAACAUUAUUCACAAUUAGAAGGCAUCGUUUCACAACGUCAUACAUCUGCUCGUAUUCGAUUCAUGAUUCAAGAUUUGCUCGAUUUAAGACGUGCCAACUGGGUAGCACGACGUGUAGAAGCGAAACCGAUGACCAUCGACGAAAUACAUGAACAAGAACGUGUGAAACGUGAAUCACAAGCAAUGCAACAAGAUCUUGAUCGACAACAAAGACGGUUAGAUAAUCAGCAAGGAGGAAAUCAGGGACAACGAGGUAGUCAACAACAAGGACAACAGCGGGGUAGUAUGAAUAAACAACGAAGUAUGGCCGGUCAGGGACAAGAAGAUGAGCCGAGAUUUAAUGUGAGUAAAUUAUUACAGAACAAUAGAAAUACACCACAAACAAAUAUGCCCACAUUUGGUCCAGCUGGAAUGAAAGUGUGGGGCAAAGGUUCGGGUUUAACCGAUAAACAAAAACAAGAAGACCAAGAUCAAAGAAAUAAUCAACAGCAACCAUUUGCUAACAGAGGUAAACCACCAACUGGUUCUGGUGGUCAAUCACAAGUCCCGUCUCAAUUUACAUCUUCCAAUUCAAAGUCAGCGAAACAGUCACCAUCGCCUUAUGGCUUAAAUCAAGGUAAUCCAUUAGCACGUCAAUCGUCUCGUGAAUUAGCUUUGGGUAAUCGUGAUCGAGAUCGUGAAUCAGCCGUUCAAUCUCUAAAACAUAUCAAUACUCUGAAACAUUCACAAUCACAAUCAAAUUCAAGAGAAGGAAGUCGAAAUGUAUCUCGAGAGCAAUCGCGUAAUCCCUCACGUGAUAGUUCAUUGAGUGAAUCUCGAAUCUCCACGACGAAGCCAUCGACGCCACUUGCUGAACAGGCCUCAUCCUCAACCAUACCCAAGACACCAGAGUCACCAUUAACAGAAGAUAAAAUUAAACAACGUGUACAUUCACUUAUCGAAGAAUAUACAGAAAACUAUUCAGACAGAAGUGUCAGACCGGUGGAAGAUGCAAUUGAGGAUUUAACUGAUUUUCAUAUUCGAACAUCAUCAGAUGAAGAACUAGUUGUUCGAGAAUUAAUCACGAAUGUUUUGGAAUUGAAACCGCGAGCAAUGAUUGCUGUUGGACAUUUACUAGAUUCCGCUCAGAAACAACAAAUAUUAAGUGUGGAUGGUAUCACAAAUGGAAUCCUAAGAGUUUUAGAAAUAGCUGAUGACUUAUCUGUUGAUAUCCCGUUAGUUUGGCAAUAUAUAGGAGAAAUAAUAGGAACAUAUGUUGGCAGUUCACAAUCACAAUCAACAACGAAUAUUUCAAUAGUGAAAACAAUUAUGCAAACUGUACCAGACGACAAAUCGAAAAAAAUGAUCGCAGAUAUUAUCAAAUAUGCUCAAGAAUUUUCUUCCAAAUCAAAACUUAUUUCUUUGUGGCAGUUAUCUGGAUUAACAUUUGAAGAUUUGUUGAAACCACCUGUGAUUGAUCAACAACUUUUGACAGAUUAUGAUUGGUUAUUGAAUCCAACAACAACAACUCCCGAUGAAGCAACACAACAACAAUCUUUUGUAGCCACAAAUACUCCUCACUCUGAUCCUCAUCUAGUAAAAUUGUUUCGAUCAGUCAAUGAACUACAAGUCGGAUCAAGCGUACAAGAUCAAGAAAUUAAUAAAUAUAUACAAGAUAAAAUGGACCCAUCGGAUAAAUACUAUAUUCGAAAUAUUGUGUUAUCAUAUCUGGAAGCGUGUCUGGUGACUCGAGAUCCGAAUAACAAGAAGAUAAAUGAAGAUGUGGCAAAGAAACGAAUGGCCAUUUUAAGUUCAAUUAUUCAGCAUGAACAAGACAAAGAAAUACAAGCGGUCUAUGCUAUACAAAAUUUUAUCACAAAAUUAGAACAUCCAUCUAAAAUGGCUCGUUUGUUAUUCGAUAUUUUCUAUGAUGAAGAAUGUGUGAGCGAAGAUGCGUUUUUGGAAUGGCGAAACCAUCCAGAUCAAUCUGAGAUCAAUGGUCAUUCCGUACUGACUAUGUCAACAAAAGACUUUUUUGAUUGGUUAUCACAAGCCGAGACAGAAACUGAACAAGACCAGGAAGAUGAAUAG